CACUUCUGUGCUUAAGUCUUUUGAGUGCAUAAAUACGCUCGCAAUGUGAAGUACGGACGUUACAGUCAACACGCUUCAAAUGGUGAGUGCGCAGUGCCGGACACUUAACACUCUCUAUCAUCGCCAUCUUGGCUACGUUGAGAUAGGGGAGGGACUAACGAAUGGUCGCAAUUCAAUUUGAAAACAAGUGGAAGCGGAUAAAUGUUGCAAUCGUCAUUUCCGGUAGGUGCGCAACGACAAUAAUGGAUUUGGGACAGCACGACAUUGUUAGAAUUACUGUACGCAGUGUACACAGUAUACUUAUGGAUGUGUACUGACGGGUGUAUUCCAUUUGUGAGACAGUCUGAGUGUUUAAGUAUGCUGUGUAAAACGUGCCAUAUUUGUUGUGGCGACUAGACUCAGCAUACGACAGAGCCCCAAGUGUAACACAACCAUACAAACUAAAUGGAACCACUGUGACCUGCUGCUGGUCGCAGGAGCUUACCGACUGUAAAGCUUACGAAGUAGGGGGCGGACUCCACCUCCUCGUCGCCAUCCUUUCAUUGCUAAUAAACGGGCGACCGGCGAGGGGGUGAAAACCAAGUGUUCCCGCCGUGAAUUUGAAAAAGCUUCUCGGCGACGAGAAGCCCCAGCAACACGAGCUGUGGUGACGGAGGCUCGCCAUUACAUAACCUUCUUUCUUCCCCGACGACCGCCGUCCAAACAGCUGCGUCUUCACCUCGGCUAAUGGCGGCCGCGCGCGCGAACAAUGGCACUAAUAUGAACCAAAACUGACAAAUAAGCAUUUUACUCACGGCGGCGAGACCACAAAACACAACAAACCAGACCUAACCACUAAACUACGAAUGAAUUAAGCGUUUAAAUUACGGUCAAAGUGAAACUUCAUUAUCCUGCAUAACGGACAAUCAAUAUGCCGCCAACUUUCUCUGCAAAAAAAGUCGCCAUGCACUGCAAAACACACCACUGCAUAUGUUAUAUUUAUGUAAACGUGUUGCAAUAAGCAACACGCAGGAAAAUACUGACGAAAUCCCUUGAAAGGAAGAUAAUCACCGCAGAGCGAUAAGAGCAACAAUCACCUCCCUCCGGCAAUCAAAUCAAGACAGGCGUACCAACAAGUCUAUUUUUUUUUUUUUACAUGUGCACAAAACAUAAAGCGAAUGAGUAGCAACAAAACAAUGUAUACAGACAGCAGAUGUGGGUUAUAAACGCUGUAUUACUUAAUGCAUGAAAUAUCUCGGGUUUACUCACUUUGCUCCUUCUAGGCAUGGUUGAUUUGUGAGUGGUGUUUGUGGAAAAGGGAGAAAAAAACAGGUACGUGUAAGCGAAUAGAGGAGAAAGAUAUAGUGGUAUAGUGAGGAUAAAGCGGUACUAGUACAGUCUAAUAGAGGGCAGCCACACGAUAAUGUUCCAUUGGAAGAAAACUAGCUCAAACCGGAUUGGAUUCUCCCCCUCCCUCCUUAUUCAAAUCUUAUAGUUCCUGCAUGAUUGACGAGAAAAGUCCCGCCUUCGCCGCCCGUCGAUUGGGUAAAAUAGCGCCCAGUGACACGAUUUCAAAUCUCCACGCUUUCCUGUGUGGAUGUCACUUACGUCAAUCAAGUAAUUCGCCAAGGUAGUUGUCUUUCUGUGCAGCCAUCUGUUUUGGAGAAGGCGAAAAUGUCAACAAGUCUUCUCUGAACGUUUUUUUGCAAACAAUUUGCUCGACAUAAUUCUGUGUGUGAGAUGUUUGAAUUAUUGUUUAUUUUACUGGUGGGUUUGUGUGUAUUGGUUGUGGAUUUAGAGGGGUGUGUACUCUCCCAGCCAAGUCUUUUGUAUUAAAAGCUCGGGAAAAUGGCGACAGGAUAAUUGUGGUCGCCACUCCAUUGUGCAGUGUGCACUCCCAACAUGACUUCAGCGUCAUUCUGCUUGUAUCAAAACAGACCCGCAUUUGCAAUGGAAGCUUCUACCUGCAGCUUCGUGAAUACCUGCAACAGUAAUGUGCUUCUCAUUUCUCCAAUGCACAAACAAACCAUAGUUUGAAGGUUUCAGUGUACAAAAAAUACACAAAUCACCUGUCGUCUUAAAAAAUGAUUAAUAUCAUAUAUUUUUUUGCUAAAUGUCAAUUUUAAUGUUUCAAAAUACAUUUCUGAGAUAAGGGUGUGAUGUUUUAAAAAUAAUGAUCAUGUAUGCCUGUCACCUUAUUACAAUUAAAUAUUUUUGGGCCUCAAUGUGCAAAAAUGAGAUAAUAAGAUUUAUUGCAUAUAAAAUAUUAAUACUAAGAUAAAAGGGUGGGCAAUAGUUGACAUUGUGGUAUCAGUUUCAGCAAAAUAAAGUCAAUAUUCAAAAUAAGUAAGCAGAAAAAUGUAAUUUUCUCUCAUUCCUUUGGCUUUUUGGCUCCAAUGCCCUCCUUUAUCCAAGAACGUAUUCCUUGAGGCUAUAAACAAUAUAAUAUAUUUCAACAACACAACAAAACACACACAAAUAUUAGACAACUGAAAAAUAUCAAUUUCAUCACGCUAGUAUCGAUCCAUAACUCAUACUGCCGUCUGUACUGAUACUAUCGAUAUUUGGCUAGAUCCUCCCACCCUCUAAAUCAGGGGUCACCAAUGUUUUUCCUUGUGAGAGCUACUUUUACAAAAUGAAAAUGGCCAAGAGCUACUCAUUUUUGUAACAUUUAUUUUCAGAGCUUAAUUUAAACCCAAAGAAAGCGAAUAUGCUUGUUUUACCAGAACAUGAACAAAAUGCUGGUGUCCACAACUCACAUUUUGUAUUUCAGAAUGCAUUUCUUUCUACUGUUCUUUCAUUGUUAACUGAAAACCUGAAUGAAAAGCAGGCUUUAGGGUUCAGUGUUAGGGUAAAAAAAAAAUUGAGAUUUUGAGAUUAAAGUGGUAAAUUUACGUAUAAAUGAGAUGUGCUUUCUUGGAAAAAAACACCAAUUGUCAGAGAAAAAUAAAAACAUUGAACUUUUUUUAAGUCAUGAAUUUAUGAGAAAAAAAGUAGUAAAUUUUUGAGAAAUAAUCUCGGAAAUGUAAUACUUUUUUUUCACGUAAAUUUAGAACAAAGUCGUACAUUUAUGAGAAAAAAAGUUGUAAUAUUACGAGAAUAAAGAAUUAAAACUUUAUUCACAAUUCACACAUGACUCCGUUUACGAUCGGUCAUUGUUUCAACAGCCAAAAUUAACCGCUAUAAAUAAGGAAUUGCUGUAUGUAUACAUUGUUUAAAAACAAUGAGGUUUGUGAGUGAGCAGCACCCGCUGCUCGUUGAGAAGAGCGAUAUGUGCUUUCAAGUCAGAAACCGGCAGUCCACAGAUCGAUUGCAGUCCUGUGGGAUACACUGCUUCAUUAACUAUAAAAAAAAUAGUGAAUACUGAUGAACCUUGUGGUUUUGCACAAGUACACAGGUAGUAUUGUUUAAGCAGGUAAUUGGACACAAGAGUAGAGCUAAUAAUGACCACCACAACUGCUGUUUACUCCAACUCCAACGUCCUGGGGUUGCUAGAAGUUGAAAGGUCAGAAAAACAUAUAUUGCUGAGGACACGGAAGAUAAAGAAAGGGGUGGUGGUUGGUAAUAAAGGUGGAGGAACAUGGGGUAGUGGAGGUCUCAGAUAACACCGCCCUUAUUGUGGUGCUUCACGUAGCCCUUCCAUCACAGCUGGUGCCAUUUGCCGUCCUUUCCCGCCUUUUCCAGUGGAUUCCCGCAUAUUCACAAUUUAUCAUUCAAGGCCCUGCAAAUUUGCAGAUUUUUGUAAAAAAAAAAAAAAUUAAUAUAAAAAAAUAAACCCCAAAAUAGGCUGCUUUUCCGCAGGAAACACACCUCAUUCACCCAAUAAUAAUUUGUAAGUAAGUACAGGUAAAAUGUACCACUAUUAGAAAGCCCACAAUUUUUGCAUGUUUAUGUGUUUAUGCUUCACUGACAAAUGUUUUUUGUCAAACGUUGAGAUUUCGCACCUUGCUCGCCGGUCCUUGAACGCACCAUAGUUGCUGUGAGACGCAAAGGGGAAACAUAUACAGUAUAUACUGUAUAUAACAAGCUGAAACUUACAGUGAGAUGAACACAAGUUAAUAAAUGAUGCUAAGUCCUUACUGGAGUUACAACGGGCAAGCAGUGUGGGUUAUGUAGACGCAGCUUGGAGAAACGACUUCUACGACAGCUUGUUGGGACGACCCCGUGCAAGGGAAGGGAAGGCAAGAGAAGCUCAGCUUCCCCUAAAAUGUCAACCAAAAUGCAUUGACUAAAUACUGUAUGCCUUCAUCUUUUGUUCAGAAUCAGCUAACGCUAACACAUUUAACUGACAUGACUUCCUUUUCAUUCAUCCCCACAGCAUCACGGCGCUUUUACACAGUCGGACACUGAGCGUCUACAGACUUCGUUGGGGAAGCGUAGUGUAGGUUGUUCCACUGCGCAAAGCUGGACGGUCAUUGGAUAAUUGCUGGGCUUUGUCCCGCCCAUCGAACGCUCAGCAUCUCUGGGGGUCUAUGGAGCAGUGGGAUGGCCCGGACGCUCGGGUGAUUGGAUGAUCUGUCUGAGGCCGAAUCCCUUUUUAAUUGACAGUGAAAUGAGUUAAUCAGUGAUCUUGAAGUAGAAACCUUCACCGGAGCAUUUUCCAAGUUUUCCAUUCUGUUGUUCUGAACUGAUCCGGAGACUUUAGAGAUCCUCAGCGACUUAAUCUUUGUUAAAAACGACUAGCGUUGUGUUUGGCGACUGUCCCCCAUCACGAUCAUUCACACACACAGCCGGUCACACAGUCGUGCUCAUGGCAAAACAGGAAGGUGGUGUUGAAGAGGAAGGUGUUGCUCUGUCUGCCACAUCGUGUCUUUGAGAACAGUCACAACAAGAAUCACAUCUUCAAUAUCAAAAAAUGAAAAAUGUAUUCAGUUAGCGUCCGUUUCGGUUCUAGUCGGACCUUCUGGAGCAAAUUAAGGAUGAUAACCAAGGUUCCACUCUAUUUGGAGCCUUUAUAUUUGAUGUCUAUUAUGGCACGUGUCGGUUUUCAUGAAGGACCUAUAAAGAGCGAUUGCAUUACCUUGUAUGACUGGGCUACAUUGCACACUUGUAUGUUUGUGUGCGUGGAAUCAUGUCAGCAGGAAGCAUGCCGUGCUUGGGCACAGAUCAGAACAUUCACACUCGUCAGACGUGAAGCAGGCCCAGGCACGAUACGACACCUUUAGGUCAGCAUCAUGCACUUUCAUUGGUAAAACUGAAAGUUCUUGUUUCUUUGUUAAAAAUACAUCUUCAAAUUGCCAAAUUUGACACAUGAUACUUCCCAAAAUUACGUUUUGUUUAUGCUCACUCAGCAGUCACACUCGCUGUGUAGGGAGGGCAGUGCCCCUGACCUUCUUUUAGCACUAGUCUUGGCCUAGUGGCAACACAGCCUAAUAAGCUCAGUAACAAUAAACCUUAGUCGGCUUUAACCAUUGAUUAACCGACAGCUGACAAAACAAAAACUAAUCUCCACAUUAAGUCGAGCUCUAACGAUAUGGCUUUUUCAUUACGGCUUCUCUUCUACUCUUGGACAAGAGGGGCGAUUAGUUGGAACUAGUACAUGAAACAAACGGGUGAGCCCCCCAAAGCCAAGCAAGCCAAUAUAAAGAUGAACAUAAAUGAGAAACUAUGACUGAUGAUCUUUGACAUGGUGGCUCCGGUGCCAAACAUUUACUUCCACACAGUACGCCGUGGAUCAGAGGGCUGCUAUAUAGAAAUAUGAUAUAUACUGUACAUGACAGCAUGCCAUUUCUAUUGCUACAUGGUCGUGUUUACAAUUUAUCAUAGUUGAAAUGUUUAACAAUAGUAGAGAGGUAGUUGAAAUGUUUAACAAUUAUUUUGUAAAUAUUGGACCAAAACAGGAAGAAGAAAUUUCCAAAUUCUGGACAAUGGAGGAAAGGAAUGAAACCACAGACAGGAAUCGUAAUUCCAUUUUUCUCACUGAUGUAACUAAAAUGGAAAACACUGACAUUGUCAAUCAUUGUAAAGCAAAAACAUCAACUGAUUGUAAUGGAAUUGAAAUGGAAACAAUAAAAAGGGUUGUCAAUGAGAUCGUAGAACAGUUAACACAUAUCAGUAACUUAUCAUUUCAGACUGGAAAAGUUCCUAACAAAAUGAAAAUAGCUGAAGUAGUUCCAAUCUUUAAAAAUGGAGAUAAACAUCCAUUUACAAAUUACCGACCAGUUUCCUUAUUACCCCAAUUUUCUAAAAUUAUUGAGAAGCUAUUUAAUAACAAAGGACAAAUGUAUUAAUAAGAAUGAAUUACUAGCAGGUAGUCAAUACGGAUACACAGCUAACAUUUCAGCCUCCAUGGCACUGAUUGAAAUCACAGAGGACAUUACUAACGCUAUAGACCACAGAAAGUGUGCAGCUGCAGUAUUUAUAGAUCUCACAAAAGCCUUCGAUACAAUUAAUCACGACAUCCUAAUAACAAAAUUAGAAAGAUCUAUUUCUUGCGGGGGGCGGGAGUCGAGUGGCAACCGGCUUUGAGGCGCAUUACCGCACCUACCAUGUUGGAGUGUGGCCCACAGUUACAGACACGAUACGGCAACUGGAUCGACCCGAUGUCGUGGUGAAAGCCAAUAUAUUCCCAAUCUUUAAAAUACACCGGAUCGGCAGCGGACAUCCCUAAGUCCGUUUCUGGCUGUUCUAGACAAAAAGUAGAGUACAAACAUAUGAAUGGAGGAAGUCAGACAGUAGUACUUUGACAUGUAAAAAAGUAGACAUCACACUGUGGCGACCUAUCAUGUAGCAGCCUCUUGGAAUUCCUUCUCAUGCACAUUUGCAGCUGAACGGAGACAAUGUUGCCAGGUCUCCACAAGCGCGAAACAAGCGAUUAGCUUUUUCUGAAAACAAGCCAAUAACAACAGGGAACUUGGAAAUUUGCAAGCAUCUUUACAAAAAAACCAAGCACAAAGUCGCUUCUUAUUGGCAAAUCUGGCAACGCUGGCCCGAGAUGCUUUGUUUUUAUGUCACGUAACAGGUCAACUGCAAAAGCCUGCCCCAAAAGGAGCAUAAGGGCCAUCUAGUGUUUUGUGAGGCACACAGUGUAUGGCCAAUAAUCGCAGUCCUAGACGACUGCGUAUCCCAAUGCUCAUGAGCUCUAUCUGCCUGGAUGGCACCAACAUAGGCUUUGUUAAUUAAUUAUUCAUUUGAAGAGCAUUUAUCAGGAGUAUCUGGCUCUCUCCUUUCCUUCCCCUUCUUCUCUUUUCUCUCUCUUCCCUCUAAGGCUCCAGGAUAUCAUCUUUUUAUUAACAAAAUAACACACGAUUUACGUAUCUAAACACAUAACCAACUACAAUAUCGUAUUUUCUUCCCUUAGUAAACGUACAUGUAAGUAAACAGUACAUGACAUUACAGUUACUAACAUCAAAUUCCAAAACCAAAUUCCGUACUAAUGAAGUCCUUGUUUUCUAAUAAAAAAAUACUCUUCCGACUUCAGGAGCUUUACUUUUGCCUAACAGAGAAGCAACAACAUGCAGUUUACAGAUGGUGUGGUAGAAUCCAUGUUAGUACUGCCAUGCUUUCAUUUUGAAGCUUACUUUGCGCUGAACAGGAAGUGUGUGUGUUUAUGCUUUGUAACUAGGCAAGAAUUAUCAUUUAAAAUCAAAAUCAAAAUUUUGAUGCAUCCAACUCAUACAGUAUUGUUGCUGCUUUGUGUUAACUGAAUGCUUCAACUAAUUUUCUUACACCAAAAAAAAAAAAUCUGCUAUAAUUUUUUUAGGCUCAAGCGACCCUAAAACAGACCAAACGGCCAAAUGCAGCCCACACAAAUAUAAAGUUAUUUAUUUUAUAUAUAUGUAUAUAAUGUGUCAAUAACUUUUUUGUUGUCGUUUUUUAAUGCACCAAAGGCCAAGAAGUAUAAAAACUGUUCACACCCCACUGAAAAUGUUAUCCUACACUGACCUCUAGCGGUGGACCUUGAGUAUGUCAACAGUUGCCUCCCGGCUGGUCUGUUCAGUUUGAUAUAAUUGUCACUCACUUACAUCCCAUUGCGUGUCCAGGACGUUUUUAUUGGUUGCAUAUGUUUAAUAUGCACAUUUUUGCAAUGUCUUACAUUGGUUUUACCAAUGCACAGCUGAAUGGUAAUUAAUUACAUUGUAAAACACCCACUAAAACGAAUUGCCAUGCUCAUCACCAAAGACGGUAGAUAGAAAGAACCGUCCAUGCAGCCGCAAUUUCCAUGUAAGAGUGUAGUACGGAUUAUGGAGCAGAAAGUCCGCCAUGAUGGUAAGCAAAAGAGCUGGGCGGGGCUAGGCACACAACAGUGGACAAUGUAUUCACUAACUCACAAUUUAUUCACAAUGCAAUGUUUUUGGAUUCUGCUGCCCAUCAUGGCUACAGAAGUGGCGCCCAGAAUAAAAACAAAUACAUUAAAUAUAUUAAAUUAACAUUUGUAUAUUUUUUAAUAGUUAAAUUCAGUGUAAAAAUAAAUAUAUAUCAUAAUAUAACAUAUACUAUAAUAAUACAAAAAAUAAAUACUGUAAUAUAAUACAUACAUUUUUGCCUAUUUGUCCAGACUUUAUGGACACCGUACAUUAUGAUUCAUGUCAAAUUCAUCCUUCAGUUGAGCUUUUAUUGAAUCAAAGUGAAUUGCAAUACAUAAAUUAAAAGAUGAUUGUGGUUACUUUCCUAUGCCACCUUAUUACUCAGGUCACCUUCGUUUUGGACUAGUAUGGAAGUACAGUUAACAUUACCAGUCAAGUAAUUGUUACUAUAACAACCCAGCAUUUACAGCAUAUCAUUAGCUGUGUAGUCAAAUUUAGCACCUCAAUGCAUCGCUAUGUUGUAUAAUGUGCCUUGACUGUCUUACCGUAGAGCAGAGAUGGACAAGCUACAGGCCAUAUACGGCCUAUCAAGCUUUUUAAAUCCAGCCCAUCCAAUUUUCCAAAUGAUUUUAUUAAAAUCCUUUAACACCGAAGCUGUCGCCAGCGACAGGCUUUGCAACACUAUUUUUAAACUACUAUAAGUCUUGAACAAUUUGUGCUAUCCGAAUAAUUCCAAAAGUUUCUGAAUCUAGAGGCUCUGUGUUUUCCAGUGAUAUACAAGACAUUACGGUAAUCCAAGAGACUGCAUCACAGGAGCUCAGAGAAGAUGACACUUUAAGACAAAGUAGAGUCAGGGUUUGUUUUACAAAAGUUUGCCCACACCUGCUGCAGAGUAGAGCAUGCGGCUCUGGGUAAGACACGCAAACUCACUGUGCUUCGCUUUAAAUGUCAAGCUCACACCCACAGUCCAGUGACAGUGUAAGACGUUAGUAAUAGUACAAUGGCUAGAUAAGAGCCGGUGCCUUAAUGGCCAUAAAUGAACUUUGCUCCCAGCGACAGUUUGACACACAUAGGUGGAGUCUUCCUGUUCACCUGCUCUUUCAGGAAACGCCACAUUGCAGUGGAACUGACCAGCAGGCACAUUGGAGGAUUUAAAAACAUGGACGUUGAUUCUUGCAUCUGGCUAAUGCUGUGUGCAACUGGAGUGAUGGGACAGUUCCAGGUGGAGCCUCUCACUGCCACGGUUCUGACGGGCUCAGAUGCAGGAUUCACUGCCACAGUGCAGGGCACGUGGGCGGUCAUGACAUGGAACGUCCGAGGCUUCCUGGUCCUCACUGUUCCCAGAAGUGGUAACGUAUCUUCAUCCUCCGAACAGUUUUCUGCCUCAUUCUGCUCCAGCGGGGACACCAGCUGCGUGGAGUUCACCAUCCACAACACCACACGCAUGGAGGCUGGCGCGGUCAUCUGCACGGUUCAGGGAGACUAUGGAUCCAAAACAGCACAGCUACAAGUACAAGAAAGUGGUACGGUCCAGAUCAAAGAAGGGAAUAUGACAGUAGUCCAGGACCAGGAGGUUGAGUUCCACUGUGAGACAUCAGCUUGGUUCCCGCCUCCCAGUAUCAUUUGGACCGUGAAUGGUGACACAGUGGACGAUAUCCCGUCCAACAGCACGAACGUGACACAUGGAGAUUCCUUCAACUCCUCGAGUAUACUGAAGUUUCAAGCUGUCAAAGAUUCUACCGUGGUGUGUUUGGCAACGUUACCGACACUGAAAAACCCACUAUCCAGCUCUGUCCAUGUGGUGGUUGUACCCAAGCCUCCAGACUGGACCGUGCUGAUAGCUGUGGUUUGCUCCUUUGGUGGUUCUGCUCUGUUCGUUUUACUCAUCCUUGGGAUCAUCUUUUGCUACAAACGCAAGAAAGAAAAAGAAUCCAACUACCAAGAUGAAAUGACUAAGAGGGUGAGGACACAGAGCCAGUUGAGUGGUUUGAGGCCUCCUGGACAGAAGCAAGGUCGAGUCAAUGCAAGUUAUGUGACAGAUGGCCAAACAAGUGUUGCCACAAGUGACCUGACAGACAGUGGCUAUUUUCAGAGAACCGCUUCCAAUAUGUUUGAGAUGCCUGAUGCUGUGCGUGAUAACAAGAUAGAAAAUGGCUACAGGAGCACCUACAACAGUGUGGAUGAUGACUUGAGAAAACACAGACAUGCAACUAUUGUGUAGGACUGCUGGCACCUUGGAACCCCAGAGACUUUGAAUCUCAGACCAAAGACUGAGACGCUUACUCUCGGAGCUUUGAGGUCUUUCAGUGCGUGUCAAGAUGCACGUAGAUGUUGUUUGUUUGAAAACAAGAUGAUUUUGAUGGACUGAUAUAUGCGAUAUUGUACAAGUGUUUUUUUUUUUACACUGGCCAAGUAAAAACUGUGGUUUUCACUUUCAUCCAAUGGAAGAAAUCUGAAUGUCAUCUUAAAAUCCCCUUUACAAGUAAAUUGCUUUGCAAAAGUAUUCACCCCUUGGAGUACCACGAGGUUUUGUCUUGUGUGCGUGAUCCAAAAUGGCGGCGUAAACAAACCCUAAACAAUCGGGCCAACGCAAACCAAGGCAUCAUUUUUGCAAACAUUUUUGGAUGUUAACCUAAAAAUGCUCCAACUGAGGCGGAUGUUAACCGAGGUACCCCUGUCACACGAAAGGAACCACGAGGAAUAAUUUGGCUGCUCCUGUUUGUGGAAGCAGGCCGUAAGAUUGGUGAUGAUUGUCAAAUGCGUCCACCUGCCUCGUUGCCCCCCCUCACCCCACUGACCAAAAUACUAAGUCUGUUUGGAUGCAGACCGUGAUAAUUGAGUGGGUGCUCCUUCUCAAUAACAAUGAAAAAACUGCAACGAUAAUCCUUGCUGGAGACGAGCAGGCAGGGAGUCACAGCAGGUUGGUUGGUCCGUAGUGUGGAGCGGGAGACCAGCUGAUUGGUCUCCUGCAUGCAUGUGGGGAGGAGAGAAGCCAUGCUGGCUCUAUAAAAACAACAUUCAGCAGAAGAGGAUUGUUCAUUGGAGGCACCGCUGACCACACUGACUGGAUCCACACAUACACAGCGCAGCCAUGA